AUGGAAGCGGUUUAUUUCAUAUCGUUUUUAUUUUUUCUUUUUACAUCAAAAAUUUUCAAAAAAGCAGCAGGAUUAGAAUAUCAAAAUCAUAAUGAUUUCAACGGUUUUGGUGAUGUUACAAUGAUAAAUUGGGAACAAAUGAAAUGUGCAGAUGAUAGUAAAGCUGUAGUUUGUGAUGAACGACCGUUUGAGCUAUAUGGGAAUACAGUGUGGAAGCCAUGUUUAUUCGGCUAUAUUUGCAUCAAAAAAUAUGAAUAUGUUAACGAAUUUCGACGUUGUAGUGAAUUAAGUGAAGAGUUUAGUCCGAUUUUUUGUAACAGUGCUUAUGAAUAUCCACGGAAUUUUAAUUGUGAUUUCUACAAUAAAUUUGCUUGUCAACGUGGCAAGCGUUAUAUCUAUUCAUGCAUUUGUACCAAUGGUCAUCGAAAUGCUGAUAUGAAAACCUGCGCCAAUACAACAAUUUGUAGCAAAGGAUUACCUGAGAAAAAAUUUUUAUCAUCUACUACGGAAAUACCGGGAAUGAUAAUCAUACGCACCACUACUGCUUACACUGUUCAUACGACUGUUUUUCACAAUUCAACUCGAGAUAUGAUAAUAUCUCAAAGAAAAUGUCAUCCCGGUUCACAGUUUUCUGCGCUUUUGAAAACUAUUUUUUCCAUCCUAUCAGCAUUAAAUUAUUAUUAUAAUAGCAGAUAA